UUCAGCUCGAGACGCGUGCGCUGCCGUGGCUGGUGGGCUGCUGCGCGGUGACGCGUAUCCUGCUCUCGCUGGUUUCACUCCCAGCGGAACAUUGAUCGGUUUGGGAGGAAUAAGUGCAAUGCGUUCGUAAGGGUUUUUAAUGGACAAAUUCCAGGUGUUGAAUGGAGACGCGUUUACCCGUCACGAGGAGUUGUGUGUCAGUUGAUAAAGCGGCAACCGGACAAUGCAGAAAGGGGAGCCGCUCCUUGCGCUGGUUCCUCUGUGUGUCCUCCUGACAGCCGCCGGGGGCUCACCCUUGACCCGCACCGGUGCGGAGGGCUUUCUGGAGAAAUAUGGCUACCUACAUGAGCAAGGUCAUUCUCACAGUGUAGAUGAAGUCAAAUCAGCUGUCAGGCAGUUUCAGUGGCUGUCCCACCUGCCAAUCACGGGAAUCCUGGACGACGCCACGCUGGUGAAGAUGGCCGCACCGCGCUGUGGGGUGAGGGAUAGGCAGAGCCAGAAAGCUUGGACAGAGAAGGUCCACAACAUUUUCACAGGUGGAAACAAGCAGCACCUACGCAAGAAGCGUUACACAGCUCGAAAAGGCGAGCGGUGGUCCAAACAGCAGCUCUCCUACCGUGUGGUGACCUGGCCGAGGAACCUGUCUCGGCGUUCCGUGCGGCUGGCUGUGAACACGGCCUUCCAGCUCUGGAGUAACGUGUCUGGUCUGCUCUUCCUGGAAGCCAGCCACGGCCCCUCGGACAUCCGAUUGGCCUUCUACGAAGGGGAUCACAACGACGGCACAAGCAACGCGUUCGACGGCCCAGGUGGUGCGCUGGCCCACGCGUUCUUUCCGCGCCGGGGCGAGGCUCACUUUGACAAGGCGGAGCGCUGGACUCUGAAUGGUCACAAAGGACACAACCUUUUCCUGGUCACUGCUCAUGAGAUCGGCCACACUCUGGGAUUGGAGCACUCGCCUGUCCGUCACGCGCUCAUGUCGCCCUACUAUAAGAAGUUGGGACGUCGUAUGCUGCUCAGCUGGGAUGACAUCACUGCUGUGCAGCAGUUAUACGGUAAGCCACCAGGGGGCGCAGUGGUACAGCUCCCAGGCCAGACUCUGAGCUGGGUGAUGCAGGACUGGGAGUUAGCUGAACACACAGAGGGAGGCUUUGAGCAACCCCACUACUGCCAAAGCCUGUUUGAUGCCAUCACAGUCGAUGGGAACGGUACCAUAAUGGUGUUUAAAGGUGGCUUGUUCUGGACGGUGUCAUCUGAGGGGAACGUAAGUGACCCACUUCCUCUCCGACAACGAUGGCCUCACCUCCCGUUUGCCAUCGAGGCUGCUGCCUUCUCCCCAUUGGAUGCCAAAAUGUACUUUUUCAAAGGCCGACGCAUGUGGCGUUAUUCUGGCUCUGACCUGGACACUGGUUUUCCCAGAGAGAGCCAUGAGUCUGGUUUACCACAUCACCCAGACUCCGCCUUCUUCUACAGUCCUCUGGGUCACAUGGUUCUCUUCAAAGGGCCACGGUACUUUGUGAUGAACCUGGAGACUCUCCAUCCUGAGCCGUACUACCCACGCCGCCUUGCUGACUGGAGGGGAGUGCCUCAGGGGCCCAACGGCGCCCUCACCUGGGCUGAUGGGAGCCUCUACUUCUUUCGCGAGCAGCGCUACUGGAGGUUCGACCCCAAGAAGGUGCGCGUCACCGGGGCCGGGACGUGGGCUCAGACGCUGCCCUGGACCGGCUGCAACAGGACACUUUCAGUGGAGGACAAUGACAUGCUGUGACCAGCAGAGGGGAGGGGCCA